AUGAACAUGGUUUUAGAACAUAUCAGGCAACUCAUUUCAUUGUCCCUAAUCCCAUAUGUAGAACAGAGAAAUUCUUUGUUGUUGUUGCAUCUGGAAGGAUCCGGUUUUGUGCGUGAGGUAUCACAAGCUCCAUCUGAUGUGUGGGUGGUUGUUAUUCUAUACAAAGAUGGGUUCAAAAGGUUGACUGGUAGAAGUGAUGUGGCAGUUUCACCUCGUGACUAUAAGUUUUAUGCCCCAAGACAUAAGCUGCAAGCACAGGCUGCUGGUGUAGCAUACUCGCAUCCAAUGACUAAUCUUACGAGUCGAAUGGCCGUUUUUGGACCAAACAUGAUGUUUACGGAUCUAAGAUGUUCUCCAUCAUGUACGCGUGCUGGAGUACAUGGUACAGUGUCCAUCUGUCCUCCAGAUUGCUUUGAGUACAAAGGAACACUUGAUGAAGGAUUUGGAAGAUUAUGGCGAGGCACCAAUGCUGGCCUUGCAUUGGCUAUACUAACUGUGGGAAUCUAUUUGCCUUGCUAUGACAUCUUCCGGAAUUGGUUUGAAGAGUUUGCAGCUGAAAAUGCUCCAAGCAUGACACCGUAUGCCCCUUUGCUGCUUUUAUCUUUUGUACCCACCCGUGGAAGACACUCAUGUGGACUUGUCGCUUGCUCCAGAAGCCCCUUCAAAAUCGUCGAUCGUCCCGCUAGCUCCGCUGUCGGAAAUCCAGCUGUGCUUGUUCAAAUGCUUUCAUAUGAAAUUGCAAAACUUUUCCCAUCCCUGUUUGGGCAACCAUCAGCAAUAUUGGUGCCAGGGUUGAUGAAAGCGAAUAGCUCUCGAGUUAGAAGUGGAAAAGAAAGCUCAAGCCGAAAGAGAUAAGAUGCUGAAAAUGCAAGUGUUGUAUUCUUCACUUUAAUUGUUAGUAUGAAACAUAGAGUAGAUUAGAUGAAUUCAAAUUUAUAU